AUGACUUCGGAAAUGUACAUGACAUUGGGCUCAGUUGUGCCAAAGUUGGACAUUUUCAGUAUAAAAUCAGUGCAUUCACCUUUGGGUACUCGCAGACAUGAAUUUCCUGUUACACUGAGAAACUUGGAGCCAAUGUCAUUGUGCGCCGGGCCAGUAAUCGUCAACAUGGUCGGCAUAGCUCUUAAGAGGAAGGGCGUCAAUGGGAGAAAGCUGGUUGAGCGCAGAACCUCCGGGACUUUUGAGAACAAUGAUACCAUCAACAUUUCUGAGUCGCCAACAGCGAAAAUAGAGUCACCCGUCAGUAAGGUGAAGCCAACAAUUUCGAGAAGCAUGGUGACUGACAAUUUGGGUCAUCGUCAGUUGACUCUCGAAGCUUGA